AGAGAGAGAGAACCAAAAGAAAGCCUUGAAUUCCAAGCAAUCUAGUGAAACUGGUGCAUUUGGGAUUUCAGGUCGCCGGUGGCUUUGUACUGUAACGGUUUCAAAGCUGAAGAUGAUACGUUUCAACUCAAUUCCGGUCAGUAUCUAAAUUUCACAAAUGGAUUUGAGUUUAAUGUCCCCUCUCCAGAUCUCAACUUUAUGAAUAUAAAUGUUCCUGUUAUACCUCCUGAACCGGACCCGGGUUUUUUUGUUCCAUCUGUAACUGUAAGUUCAGAUGGGAGCUCGUUUUCUGCAUCCACAAGCUGGACUCCAGAGGGGGAAUCUGCUUCACCUUCCGAUGACAGUGAGUCCACGGAUCCAGUUCUCAAGUACAUAAGCCUGAUGCUUAUGGAAGAGAACAUGGAGGAUAAACCUUAUAUGUUAAAUGAUUAUUUGGCUCUUGAAGACACCGAGAAAUCAUUAUAUGAAGUACUUGGUGAGCAGUAUCCUCCAACAAAUCAACCCCAACCUUUUCUCAAUCUGAAUAUGGAGAGUCCUGAUAGUAAUCUUUCUGGCAGUAGUAGUGAUUAUGGUAGUAAUGGCCAUUCAAGUACUAGUAUUAGCACCAGUAAUGGGACUAGUAAUUAUAUUGAUCAUCAGGGGGUUGGUGAAGUUAGAGAGCCUGCUUCUUCCUUGUUACAAUCUCCUCUUUCUGGUGACUACUACUUUCAGCCCAGUUCACAAUUUUCUGUCAACUCAACUAGUAGCUUGAGUAACAUGGGUAAUGGGCAGAUGGAAUCUUCUGUUAGGGAGCUUCUAGUUCAGAACAUCUUCAGUGAUAAGGAAUCUGUCUUGCAGUUCCAGAGAGGGUUUGAGGAAGCCAGUAAAUUCCUCCCUAGUAGUAAUCAACUAAUUAUUGACCUCGAAAGCAAUAGCUUUCCUGUGGGGCAAAAGGGGAAGGUUCCAAAUGUUGCAGUCAAGGUGGAGAAGGAUGAGAAAGAGAACUCGCCUGAUGGGUCGAGGGGUAGGAAGAAUCAUGCACGGGAUGAUGGAGACUUGGAAGAAGAGAGGAGUAACAAGCAAUCUGCAACUUAUACAGAAGAGAUUGACUUGUCAGAAAUGUUUGAUAAGGUGUUGCUUUGUUCUGAAGAAAAUGCUAUGUGUGGUAUGAAUGCUACAGAAAGCAAAACCUUUCAGCGAAAAGAACAAUCCAAUGGAUCCAGUGUUGGGAAAACGCGUUCCAAAAAACAAGGGAAGGAGAAAGAAACGGUGGAUUUGAGGACUCUUCUAAUUCUCUGUGCACAGGCUGUUUCUGCUGAUGAUCGUAGGACUGCUGGUGAACUCCUAAAGCAAAUUAAAGAGCACUCUUCCCCCCUUGGUGAUGGAACUCAGAGGUUGGCCCAUUUCUUUGCAAAUGGCCUUGAGGCACGCUUGGAUGGCAGUGGAACUAUAAUUCAAAGUUUUCAUGCUUCUCUAGCUUCCAACAAGACAACAGCUGCUGAUAUUUUGAAAGCUUACAAAGGUUACCUUUGUGCUUGUCCAUUUAAGAAGCUACCAAUUUUCUUCGCAAACAAAAUGAUUUGCCACAUGGCUGAGAAAGCAAGUGCCCUUCAUAUUGUCGAUUUUGGUAUCGGGUAUGGUUUCCAAUGGCCCAUUCUUAUCCAGCAUCUCUCAAAGAGAGCAGGUGGGCCUCCUAAGCUACGCAUAACUGGAAUAGAGAUUCCCCAACAUGGUUUCCGCCCAACUGAAAGAAUUGAGGAGACAGGUCGUCGCUUGGCAAAGUAUUGUGAGCGCUUUAAUGUUCCAUUUGAGUACAAUUGUAUAGCAGCUCAAAACUGGGAAAAAAUCCAAAUAGUGGACAUCAAGAUUGAUAGCAAUGAGAUGCUUGCUGUAAAUUCUCUUUUCCGGUUUGAGAAUCUACUUGAUGAGACAGCUGAAGUGGACUGUCCCAGGAAUGCUGUGCUAAAAUUGAUCAGAAAAAUGAACCCUGAUAUUUUUGUUCACUCCAUAGUUAAUGGAUCUUACAACUCUCCCUUCUUUGUUACAAGGUUCAAGGAGGCUCUAUUCCAUCUUUCUGCAAUAUUUGAUAUGUUUGAAAAUACGUUAGGUCGUGAAGAACCUGCAAGGUUGAUGUUUGAGAGAGAGUUUUAUGGGCGGGAUGCAGUGAAUGUUGUAGCAUGUGAGGGCUCGGCAAGGGUUCAGAGGCCAGAGACAUACAAGCAAUGGCAGAUUCGGAUGAGAAGGGCAGGGUUCAAGCUACUUCCAUUGGACCAGGAACUGAUGAAGACAGUUAGGGGUAAGUUGAAGACUUGGUACCACAAAGAUUUUGUAAUUGAUGAAGACAACCACUGGAUGUUGCAGGGAUGGAAGGGCAGGAUUCUUUAUGCUUCCUCCUGUUGGUUACCUGCACAGGAGUAUUGACCGGAAUAGUGGUUUGAACUGAGAACAUAACCAAGAUAAUUUACUAAGAUUCUUAGGAGUUUACUAAGAUAAUCUGCAUUAACUUCAGCUUGGCUCAUCCAGUGAUUGAGGGUUACUGAUCAUGCUGUGUAGUAUCAUUUUGGAGGUGGAAUGAUGGGGCAAAAUAUCUAUGGAAUAAAGCUUUUGGAAAACUCUAAUCAUCUUGAUGUUUUCUAGACUGUCCUAACGAAAUGCCUGCUGCUGGCAUUCGUAUUUAGAUGGUUUAUAAUUAAGUCAUGUUCUUCCUUUCCUGUUAUGUUUCCCGUCUGUAAAUAUUUCCAUGAGUUUGAUGUACUGCUUUUGUUCAAUACAACUAGUCUAUGAAAGUGAAAUUUUUUAGAAACCCUUUUUGGUACUUGGUCCACAUGUUCAUAGAUUG